AUGCCUACUGGUAUGAGCUCGCGCGACGGGGAGAUCACUCAUCUCGAGGCCAGGGAUUUACGCCGCUCCGGAGAGCCGAGCCGCGUCGAAGCUCACCCCCGCGGGGGUGGUUGGGAUCGAGUGAGGGACAGUAAUGGUAGGGGGAGACUAAAGGACCUGCGACCAAAACCGCCGCCGCAGGCCCCGCAGAGGAUGAACUGGGACCAACAGCUAGUUGUCGAAAACCCAGGAGGUCGGGCACACGUCGGGGUACCCAUACGACCAGGGGUCCCAGUCUCACAAGCAGAGGCGUCACGACCAGCCCCCGCCCAGACCUCGUCGCCACCAGCUCCGCAACAAGCGAGUGUGGUUCCGGACAUGCAAUACCCAGACCCCGAAGAGUGGGUGGAUGGCAUGGCCCCUUCAGAACAGGCGGCGCGGGCCGUGGAAGACUACCGAAACGGGGUGCAUAACCCUCUGCACGAUCAGCAGCAGCAUGGGCAGCCGUUCUCCUAUGCUGACUACGACUUCGAUGACCACGACGGACCUGCAGGUGGCUACGUGUCCUAUGACUACGAAGGCGGUAGAGCUGGCCGACACGAAGGGGUGGUUGCCCAUAGGCAGGGCUUUUGGCAACAACGGGGCCGAUCGGGAUAUUCAGACACGGCAACCCAGCUCGCCACGGGAGCACUAUCUACUGUUGCGUGGUGCGCAUCGCAAUUCUUGCAUGCUGGAUCACAAGUGGUACGUGGUGCGGUACGAGAGUACCAGCGGUCACAAAACCCACGUUGCCCGCCGUCAUAUGGACAGGGGCAUCUUGUACCAGGUCACGGAAUGCACCCCGGAAUGCAGCAUUCGGGCAACGAGUACCCGUCUUGGGUUUAUGCCAGCGAGGGACCCCCAGGGAGAGUUAUACAUCCAAGUGAAUACAUUGAAUUCAAUGAGCGCGGCUACUAG